CAUGAGGCACGAGGGUGGGUCGGGCCUGAGGGAAGGGGAAGGACAAUGGACCGUUUUUUGGGCCCGAAUCGAAGCCUGACGACUCAAAAGAAGAGGAAAAGCGAAAAAAGGAAGAACUUGACCCAUCCGCCUUUCGGCAGCCACGUGACUUUGGUCAAGUCACCCUUCUAGGCCUCAGUUCCCUCAUGUCAAGUGGGGAUGAAGACUUUGCGCCCCACCUCGUGUCCCCACUAGCGUUUAGAGCAGUGCUUCGCACCCAAAUAUCCGACUCAGUGGAGCAGUCCUGGAGAACCCAGCUUAUAUUUGGCACCCUGUAUCCCGCAUACUACUCGUACAAAGCAGUAAAGUCAAAGGACAUUAAAGAAUAUGUAAAAUGGAUGAUGUAUUGGAUCAUAUUUGCACUUUUCACGACCGCAGAGACUUUCACAGAUCUCUUCCUCUGCUGGUUUCCAUUCUACUAUGAACUAAAAAUAGCCUUCGUAGCCUGGUUGCUGUCUCCUUACACAAAGGGCUCCAGCCUCCUUUACCGGAAGUUUGUUCAUCCCACCUUGUCUUCGAAAGAAAAGGAAAUUGAUGACUGUCUGGUUCAAGCCAAAGACCGAAGCUAUGACGCCCUGGUGCACUUCGGGAAGCGGGGCCUCAACGUGGCAGCGACGGCGGCCGUGAUGGCGGCUUCCAAGGGACAGGGAGCCCUCUCGGAGCGACUGCGGAGCUUCAGCAUGCAGGACCUCACCACCAUCCGCGCCGACGGGGUGCCCGCCGCCGCCCCCGCCCCAACUCCUCCGGCAGCCGGAAGGACCGGCAGCAAACAGAGCCUGUCCAAGAUGUCCAGAAGCAUGUCUGAAAGUGCCGGCAGUUCAGCGUGUACCUGCUGUUCGGCCUGUAGGACCCAGAAAGUGUUCGAGGAAGACGUGGACGAGGGGGGAGCGAAGCCCGGGCCGGGCCGCGGUGACGUGAACGCGUUAGAGUUCUCGGACGAUGAAGAGGAGGACGAUCUUCUGGAUUACGUGUACAAGUUCAGAGCACCCAGAAAGGCAGAGCUACCUCUAGAGGCACCGCCUAGAUCCCUCCGAUCUCGCUCCAGGAGGAAAAGUACCUCAUCCUCUGCCACCGAAACCAAGUGAGUGCGAUGAGCCAACAGCCUCGAGAUCCACAGGACGUCUCCUCUCUGCCUUACGGAGCUAAUCACUAAUAACGUAGAAAACAGCGAGCUGAGGGUGCUUCUAAGUGUGUGGCAUCACAGACCCGACCCUCUCUCUCUCUCCCCUUUGCCUUUUUACCUUUUUUUCGGGGGGCGGGGUGGGGUGGGGGACCCUCAAGUCCUCCGCGGAUUUCCGUCUCCCACAACCUAGCCGUUCCCAACUUAGCGGGAAAGGGCCCCGGUGGCGAUCUCGGCUUAGUUUCGGAUCUACGGGACGGACUCCAGCUAAUCCCGUCGCGGUGUACAUGUGUAAUUUAUGAGUUGCUUGCUUGGUUUUUAGCCUGUAAAUAUAACCCGAGCGAUUUCUUUUUAAGCCCCCCUCCCCACCCCCCUGCCGCUUGGUAGUAGUGCUUCGGACUAUAAUGUAUUUAUUUAUGGCUUUUUGAUUAGCCCGGGGGAGUUCCGGGAGGCACCCGUGGUCAUGUGAGAAGACUGUGAACUCAAAAAAGAAUGAUGUAAAAGCAAAA